UGCCCAGAAUAAACAUCCAAGAGUGUUUCUGUGGACAGGGCUUCAUAUGAUUGCUUUCUGUUUUCCUUAGCUGUUCUCCCUUGGGUAAGACAGACAAGACAAUGCGUUUUCUCCCUCGAGCCAUCAUCUUUACUUGCAUAGGUUUUAUUUCCCUGUUAUGGUGGCACCAUCAUCUCUCUACCCCUCAGCAGCAAGACCAUUUGACCAUCGAAGAGGAGAUUGAUGUACCCCUCACAUUUGAUUCUCUUCUACAUAUUCAGCAGGUCAGAAAAAAGACAUUGCGGUCUUUUUGCAAGAAAAAGAGCAAACUCACUAAACUUCCAGCUACCCAAAAGGAAGCUUCCCAACUACUCUCUUCUAUUGCAGUGAAUCACAAACUGAAUUUCCUGUAUUGCAAAAUACCAGGCACUGGGGUGGAAGAGUGGGAGCAGCUAUUGGAAGUAAUAUUGGAGAACAAAAAUGUCACAUUGGAGGUGCCUGUCCACUAUCACCAGGACUUUGGUGACAAAAUGGCCUUGAGUAAAUAUAACUUGACAUUAAUGGAAGCUCUGCUUAAAGCCUACACAAAAGUGGUUUUCAUUAGGGAUCCUUUCCACAGACUCGUUUCUGCUUACAUGCAUUGGAUGGCAGACAAUCUAACCUUCAGAGAGUUCAUUGACUACAUCAUGUACAGUGGAUUGAAGAAUGCCAGUGUUGAAUGGACACCCUUAGUUAAGCUGUGUCAUCCAUGUCUUGUUCAAUAUGACUAUAUAAUAAUGUUUGGGUUUCUUGGCAAUGAAGUGCACCAUUUGAUGCUCCGGAAUGGAUUUCCUGAUAACAUCCAGAUGCCCAAAUUCACGGACUCCAAGAUCCAGCGGACAUAUAACUGGCUAGAAGAAGAGAUGUUCGGUGAAUUAUCCCUUGUGCAGAAGAAAAGGCUUUGCCAUUUUUUUCGAUUUGACUUUGCUGCAUUUGCCUUUCCCAGAAGUUUGCUCUGGGACCUCAUAUGUGUUUCUGGAAACAGCUAGGAUUAUCAAAGACAUCAAAGAAGAAUGCCCAGAACUGAACUGAUGAAGUGAAAUCUCAGAUUCUUAUAGAAUGGGGACCUACAUUGGUAACCUUGACAUCUCGUAGAAGCAAAUUCCAUAAUGUAAUUACCUGCUUUGAAAAGAAACACUUCCUUUUAUUGGUCCCAAAUAUUCUGGAAUUGUAGUCCAUUUUUAUUGUAUGCUCCUUAAUAAUCUGCAAAUAAUCAAAAGCAUUGUCUGGAUACAGAACUUUUGGAAAACAGUAGCACAUUUGUACUACUGUUAUUAAUGGCAUUUCAUUCAAGGAGAACUAAUUUGGUGAAACAAACAACAUAUUUGUGACUCAACAUCUCAAGAAUCAUUUCACAAUUUCUUUUUCAGGUUGCAUAACUGAAGACAAGAAGCAUCCACCAGAGGCUCUAGAUUUUAAUUGUUUGAUAGAGGUUUUGAAUAAAAGGAAUGAUGUACUUCUGGUAUGUUGCACCUUUUCCCAUUUAAUCUUUUGAAUGCCUACCCUUUGAAUUCUGUAUUUUCCAUGUUAUUCUUUUACUUACUGCAAAAUGGAGUUAUUCUCACACAUUCCUGCCUGAAAUAUAGGUGACAUAAAAAUCAGAACCACUUUGAAUUUUACUUUUGAAGCUAUCAAAAUAACUGUUGUGACAGAACAGCUUUCAGUAUAGACCAAUAUAUCAUCACCUCUGAUGACCUUUGUGGCUCUUUACAGUUCAUGGAAAUUACCCACGUAUGGCUGCAUGAUUCAAUGGUGGUAUAUUGGUUUUUAAGAAGAGAUUGGACCCUUGAGCAGGUGAUUGGAAGAUCUCCAAGGUCUCUUCUACCUCUCUUAUUCUGUAUUCUAUUCUGUAUAAAAUUAAUGGUCCAUAUUGAUUUAUACAUUUUGGCCACAUCUAAGAAAUAAAAUCCAGAUUUGAAUUGUGUAGAGAAUACAACAUUUGAUUCCCAGUGACUGUAAUCUAGGCAAAUCUAGCUUCCCCCACAUAUAUUUUGUAAAAUAUCUUCUCCCAUAAAUGAGAAUGAUGUUCAUCUUUGAUGAUGGCCAUGGGGAGGGACUAAUGUGCUGCAUUUGGCGGCCAAAUGGAGAAAAGGAGAAAACCUUCUGUUCAAAGCAUAGUUGUUCCUGGCAAACAUCCAGGAGGGAGAGAAGUUGUGUGUCUCCUGAGUCAUCAUAACAUUAUGUAAAAACAACAAAAGCAUUUAAAUACAUGUUUAUUUUUCAAAACGUUACAUUUAGCACAGACAUCCAGAUUG